AUGGAACGUGGAAGCAAAGAAAACAAUGAAAAGAAGAUCUAUGCUAUUGAGGCAGGUAGCUUUGCUCGAUCUUUGCGGAACAGUGUUCAGCGUCCUGUCACGAUCGAUCAAUGGCGACUGUUCUAUGCACAGAUGGAUGAGCCAGUAUCGGAGAUUUGGUUGCGGUCACUGCGAGAUGUUGCGAGGGUUGCAUUCGGCUGCAAGCUGGAGGAGCCGACAAAGGUUUGCUGCAGUGAUCAGCUCGGGGAACUGCAGUCAAAGAUGAUCGACAACAUUACCCCGAGCACCCAGCUGAUGAAGGUAUUCUCUCAGCUUUACUCCAUGGCAGCCGACUUGGAGAAGGGAUCCGAGGAAUGGCCCGUGGUUGAUGCCAUAGAGAUGCAAGCGCUCCUGCAAGUAGUGAAUGCAGCUGCCAAAUUCGAGAAGGGAUACGAAGGCAGCGGUGUUUACGCGGAGCUUCGCGGCGCGGACAAAGAGGUGGUCAAGAAAGCGGCCGUGCCUUGGACCGGGGAAGCUUUCUUCGCCACGCACCUCAGGACGGGCAAGCUGGGAGCACGCUAUCUUGCGAAAGCUCAGUGCGGUGACAAGGAGAACAUCAGAAACCUGAGCCAGGCAGAAACCCUGAGCCAGGCCAUUGCCAAAGCGAGCGCUGUCCCAACGCACCAUACUGUAUUGAUCAAUCAAGCUGAGUUGUCCCUGCAGCUGUUCGAAAACCUUACAAACCGGCUCUGCCUUAUGUACUAUAAUGUUCCAAACGCUGUGCGUGUGCCGGCUCCUGUCCUGUAUGCCACCAAGAUUGCGGCCUUCUGCGGCAAUGUGGUCAAGAAGCCAUCAAGGCCACGCCUUUUGAAGCAGAUCAAAGUCUCCGCCCAGGGGAGGUACAAUGCGAUCGUGAGUCACGGCCAGAAAAUUAAGAAUCAAUUGCGCGAAACGCUCAAUGCCUGGGGCUGUCAGUUGGGAUCACCUGCAGAGCCUCUCGAGGUGGAAGCAGAGCGAUUAGAGACGUUGCAG